AUCAAGUUUCAUUUAGAAUACAUAUUGUUAAUUCUUAAUGUGUUUAAGAUGUGUUUUCUUACUUAAAAAUAGAACUGUCGUGUUUGCAACAACAGAUAACAUUUAGAAUAUUAUUGUACACUCUGAGGCAGGCGUUUAGAUUUCAAUUGAAGUGUUAUCAUUUUAAUUCCCCGAACUUAAUUUUGGUCUUACUUAAUAAAUAAAUUCAAUAUGUGCAGCUUAAAAGCUUCAAUGCAAUUAAAAGGAAAAACAACUUACGAUGCUUCAAAUUACCGUUGUCAAAAGUGCUUAGAAAAGGGACAUUUUACAUAUGAAUGUAAAAAUAAGAGGAAAUAUACAACUCGUCCAAGUCGAACUGUUCUGCUUCAGAAAAAACUUCGAACAGCAGAGGAACAAGAACAGACGUCUAAUUCAACGAGGGAACAUAACGAAUCUGCAUCAUCUGUGAGUAAAAAUAAAAAUUCGGGUAAAACGUCAAAGCACUCCAGUAGUGAAUCUUCGGAAGAUUCUGAAAGUGAUAGCUCAAGCUCUAGUUCAUCAGAUUCAAGCGACGGCAGCUCUUCUAGUCCUGGCUCCGAAACAUCAACAACUUCUUCUUCAUCAUCUUCUACCUCAUCUUUGUCCACCGCAAGUUCUAGUUCAGACGAAGAUUAAAUUGUUGUCACUUUCCUGACGCGUUUCGGACAUUUUCAGGUGCUAUUUUUUUAAAUGCCUUUCCAUUGAAUUAAGCUUUAAAUGGUCAAAAACUGUUUGGAUAAAAUGACGAUGUAAAACAAAUGGGGCUUCCUUUUACAUUUUCAGUUUUAAAUACAAUUUUUUUGCAAAAUGUAUAAAAUGAUACAUUGAUAAAAUAAAUUAACAUUAUGUCUGUAUCCUUAACAUUUGACACAUUUUCAACAAGUGAAUAAAUCGUGUAUAUGUCAUUAAGAAUGUUUUUAAUAAAUGUUUU